CUGCUCCUCCUCUGCCUCCAUUGCUGGAUCUUCAUCCAGAUGAAGAAACUGGCCACGAGUGACUCUCCGAAGCUUAUAGAACAAAUAAUGGCAGGAGCUGGAACCACGGUCUCAGCCGAGUGCUUUUUUCUAUGAAGAGGAAAAAAGAGACUAGCGCAGAAUGGGGAGAAUGGCUGCCCGCUGAGGGGAGACACUUGACUCAGGGUCACACAGGCAAGAAAGAAGCAAUGCUAGCUGGAAGGCUCCCAGGACCCGAGGGGUGAGCUCUCCCAGCUUCCACCACCAUGGAGGCGGCUCACAAUGACACUACUACUGUCCCUGACUGGUGGCAGCCCAAGACCCCUCGGCCCCAGAACGUGUUCCUGACCAGCUUCUUGUCCUUGCUGCUUUCUUUCACCAUCGUAAUGGACCUCGUGGGCAACUCGUUUGUCAUCGCUGCCGUGACCAAGAACGACAGACUCCGCAACCUCGGGAACGUCUUUGUAAUCAGUUUAUCUGUGGCCGACAUGCUUGUUGCUGUGUAUCCUUACCCUAUGACCUUGAUUGCCAUCUUGAACAAUGGCUGGACCAUGGGAAAACUCCACUGUCAACUGAGCGGCCUCCUUACAAGCAUUAGCGCUGUUAGCUCCGUCUUUAACAUCAUGGUGAUAGCCCUCAACCGCUACUGCUACAUCUGCCAUAGCCUCCUAUAUGAGAAGAUCUUCACUGGAAGGAACACCAUCCUCAUCCUUAUCAUAACCUGGCUGAUGACCAUGUUGGCUCUCAUCCCCAACUAUUUUGUGGCCACCGUGCAGUAUAAUCCCACAGUCUACACUUGCAGCUUUGUCCACACUUCUAGUGCCUUCUACGCCGUUGGAGUGAUGGCCCUCCACUUCCUCAUCCCCCUGACGGUAGUGGCAUUCUGUUACCUAAGGAUCUGGAUCCUGGUCAUUCAAGUCAAUCAUCGGGUCAAGGUCACCAAGCCGAAGUUCAUGCUGGUUGAUGUCCGCAACUUCAUGACGAUGUUUCUGGUCUUCAUCCUGUUUGCUCUGUGCUGGGGCCCACUGAAUUUCUUGAAGCUUGCCCGGGUCUUCGAUCCUUUGGGGAUUGGACCACGCGUCCCAGAGUGGGUAUACAUUGGAAGCUACUACUUGGCCUACUUCAACAGCUGCGUGAACGCCAUGGUCUACGGAACUCUCAACCAGAACUUCCGCAAGGAGUACCAGCGCAUCGUCCACAACACCAAGGACACGGCCUACUACUUCGUUGUUGACCUGCAGGAGCAAAUCCGUGAGAUGAGGAUGAGACGCAAGCCGACUUAUGCUGGGGCCAGGCGCAUUCAAGGCGACACCUACCUGUGAAGACAAAGUCUCGCUGAGUGUCCUUAGUGAUGGCCAAGUGACAGGUCCCAGUUCUAAGUUUGCUCCGCAUACUAUACGCUUAAAUUGCUUGACGCACCGUACUUCUCUCUGCUCCAACACACAGUCUGCACACAUGCAUACACACAUGCACCCCGUAUAUGCACAUGCAUACACACAUACACCCCCCUAUAUGCACAUGCAUGCACACAUAUACUUGACACAAACCUAUACACUAUACACAUCACACCAGAAGGCUUAGAAGUACAAAUUAGUGAGUGUGUUUUAGCUCAUUGUGCAAAUGUACCUUAUACUUUGCGUAAUAGUAGCAUAUCUUUAAAAAUACAUAAUACAAAUUUAGGGAACUCAAGUUCCCCAGUGUUUGCCAUUCUAAUUUCCAAGCUACUUCAGCUUUCUUUCCGAUUGAUCUUCAUUUGUCAAUGGUUCCCCACACUAGUUUUCUCUUUCCCUCUUGUGAUCUUUGCUCCCCCAGCCUCUUUGCUAAGUGACUAGUUAUCUGUCUAGAUAACCAAUUGAUGUACUUGGGGGAGCUCAUAAGAGAAGCUUGUGGUGAAGCCUUCUGUAAAUGAAGUAUCUUUUGGUCGCAUGAAUAUGACAACAUAGUAAUCUGUUUUUGUGAGCGUGAAUUUACACAUAUUUAAGCAGGCCCACCUGUGCUUCAAAUGGCAGUCACGGAAGCCGGUGAGAUAAUCCAGUACUUUAAAUGAAUGGCAUCUUUCCUAAAUUUCAGCUGCAAAAUGUUACUCUGAUGUCUACUAAAUUCAAUUGGGAAGCUCACCUCUGACUUAAUUCUUAGUACAGGGCAGUCAGUUGAAUGGUGCCCUGAGGGGUCUGGAACACUUCCCCCGAGCCCAGGCCAUCAGGCAAGAUUCCCAAGGGCAGACAGGACACUGCUGCUGUUCUCCAAAUGUCACAAGUGUUCAUUCCCCCCCAGGUGGGGCAAUGUUCUAUCUAGAGAAUCUCUGAGCAAGUGCUGGCUUUCAGGGUUGGGGAGGGGCUCGGUUUUCCGGGAAAGUUAAGGUAGAGGACGAUCCCAAGCAGAGUCUGCUAUACAUUUGUAAUUGAAUCUUGCAACCACAAAGGGCCCCGUCCAUCUUUCCUUUCCCAGACCGGGCAUAAAAAUAGAACAAAUGAGAUCAUCAAAUUUCAGAAAGAGGUUUGGAGUAGAAGCCUAAUUUCAGGGAUGCUCCACUGGGUAGUGGCCAGUCCAUGUUGGAAGCAUCCCUCUCAGCUUCUGCCACGGGAAGAUAUUAAGAGAGACAAACAGAGCCUAUUCUCAUCCAUCUUGUCCAUGUCGAGACUUUUACCACACUCUCGACAAAAUGGUAAAAAAUACUAUUGAGGCAUGUGGAAUAAAAUGGACAAAGAAAAGAUUGCUGUCAGUGGCCUUGUUUGGAGGGGAAUAGGGCAGAGGAAGAAGGGGCUAAGAGAUGGAGGGAAGGGGGAAGGAGUAGAAGGCCACUUUGGGGGUGACUGAUGAGUUCUCAGGCAGAAAACCCAUCUGUCUGAUGACCCGGAUGGGCUGACCAAUUCGAACUAGGAGUGGUCAGAGGGGUAGAAAGAAAACCAGGGAAGUUUAGUUCACAGAAAUGAAGUGAUUUUUCAAAUGAAGGCCGAGCAUAUUAGGUGCUGCAGGGGAAGUAGGUUGGACAGCAGCAUUGUAGGCAGGGCUCAGAGGCUCAGAUACAGAUCUGUACUUGGGAUUCAGCCCGAGAGCUGCCCAACUGGCAUUUUUCAUAGUCCCAGCUCAAGGCAAUCAGCCAAAAAAUUGGAGCAUAACCUCCUUUCUUCACAAAAUAGACAUACCUAUUAUUAUUUAUUGCUUAAGAGGUAUUUAAGGAACAGAUUCUCACACACAUCUAUUUAUCUAUUAUUUAUUGCUUAAGAAGUAUUAAUGUGGAAAGGACAUAUCUUUCCUUUAUUUAUUACUAGAAUGCCUAUAUGAUGAAUUCUAAUCUCUCUCUUUUGAGCAAAUCUUCAACUCAAACUCACACUGGAAAAAAAAAAUCUAGUUGUGGCCCACUGUUUUCUUAGUGGUCAAAUUCAUUUCUUUCAUUCAACAAGCAUUCUAAUGAACAACCACCAUGAACACUCAUCAGACCUGUUCAUUUCUCUUUGUGGUUAUGUAGCUCUGUAUGGUUGCUUUCUUUUUUCGGGGAAAAUCAAGGCCAUCUCAGUUGCUAAGAGACUCUCCCCUAUAGCUAUGGCACUGGGAUCAUGCCUCUUCUCAUAGAGUUGGUCAGGAUUCAGUCUCACUUAGGGCUACUACCCCAAAUCUUUCACUCACUUAGGCCACAACCCCAAAUCCACACCCUCCUCCAUCCAAUGGCUCUCACUUGGACAAAUGUAGCAAAUUCACUCCUAUCUUCUCUCUAUACUCCUGUGGAUUUUCCCAAAGGAAGAUGGCACUUUAAUAAUUAAGGAUUAAUCACAAUUCUAUACGAACCACCCACAUUGGAGUCGAUUCAAAUGAACCCUAUCUCCAAAUGCCUCCUCCACCUGAGCCUGAGGAGGGUACAAAGAAGAUAAAGGAAACAAAAUGGAGAUGAUUGUCCCAAUGAAGCUGACCAGCCAGUAAGAGAAGGAGCCGUGGAUCCAUGUGACACAGUGGAAGAGCAUGAGAGAAUCAGGACCGGAGUGCACAAAAACUUGGUGGUGGGCGGUGUCGCCCUGCUAGCCGGGAGAAUCACCCAAGAGAAGCCCCUAGCCCAUACCACUUUGGACUCCAGCCCCUCUCCGGGCUGUGAGGAGGUGGGGUGCUAAUCUUAGUGUUUCCUAAUGGCUUUCUUAGCUGCUGGGGUCCCCACUCUGACCUCCUUUCUCAGCUCUGCCACUCACUUUGCUGUCCCUGGGACACUUGAAUGGCAAGAAUUUUGAAUAGUUGAGAUGAUCAGUGGACAGGAUUGAGAGAUCAGCACCAUAUUAAAACCUAGAUAGUGAUACUUUCGUAAAAGUCAGAAGAAUAAAAAUUUAAAUUUAUUUAAAAGAAUUCUAUUAGAGUUGGAUUUAUUAUAUGAAAUCAUGCCUUAAAGCACUGGAUUUUAAUUAUCUAACUGCCUUAAAAAGUGUGUGUUUAAUGUAACAAUAAAACGUAUU